AUGAAGACAGCAGGAUUGAAAUGCAAGCCAUCAAACUGUGAGAUUCCCAAGGACUCAAUCAAAUACCUGGGAAGAAUGGUGGUUAAGCAUGGUAUUAGACCAGACCCAGAUGCGCUAGAGACAUUUCUGACUUGCAAAUCGCCAAAAACAGAACACCAGUUGAUGAGCUUCUUGGGUUUCGCAAAUUACUACAGGGAGUUCAUCAAGGGCUAUGCGGACAAAGUAUAUCCAAUGCAACAACUCAUGAGGCACAAGGGUAAGAAGUUCACGUGGAUUAACGCAGCAGAGGAAUCAUUUCAAAGAAUAAAAACGUGUGAAGCACUAGUGCUGGGGAUGCCCACGGAAAAGGGAAAGUAA